UUCAUUCUGCAGAUGAGAUAAGAAGCGAACAAGGUGCACGCCUAUAAAUGCCUUCCUCGAGUGAGCAUUUGGACUCCACACACAGUACAACACAGCACAGAAGAAGCAGAACGGAGGAGCAAGAAGAAGAUCGGCGGCGAUGGAGUACGAGUACGAGUACCAGUACAUCAGCGGCGGCGCCGGCAGCUUCGCCAAGGAGAAGAGGCCUCCGGCGAAGAGGGGCCAGGUCAAGCUCCAGAUGGUGAGGGCGCUGAGCAACCUCGUGUCUCCCAGCGGCGCUGCUGAUGGCUCCAAGCAAGCCAAUAGCAACAGCUUCAGAAGGGAAACAAGCUAGCUGAACAAAAUGCUACAGUAGAUGGGUAUGGUGUGUGCGUGCGACAAGGUGCUGUUUUUCUUGUGAUGAUUGUAGCAGGAUGAUCUCUCUGUUUUUACAUGGAGAACCUUGGUUUAAUCUCUAAUGCGAUACACAAACCUUGGGUGUGCAUGA